AUGGAUCCUUCUAUCGAUGCAGAUAUACAAUCACCCGAGAAUAUGAUUGUUGAUCCAGACGAGUAUGUCGAGCCAUCGGAUAAUGAGAAGGAUGAUAUCGCCAUCAUAGAUCCGGAUGAACCUAGGCCAACGCCUGCGGAUGAUUAUGAAGCUAUAGAAGAGCUGGUCUUGCCACCGCUGGAUCAACAGCCCCCGAUCAUAGAGACGGUUCAUCAUACUUGGGAAAUUAAAAAUUGGCAAGGGCUUCAAAAGAGAGAACAUGGCCCAAUUUUUCAUGCUGGAGGAUACCCAUGGCGUAUUCUGAUGUUCCCAUACGGAAAUAACAGCGAUAAUGUGUCCUUCUAUCUGGAGCAUGGAUUCGAAGACGGGCCUCCGGACGACUUUGUAUGCUGUUUGCAAUUCGGUCUCGUUCUAUGGAAUCCGAAUGAUCCAACUCUUUACACUUACCACACUGCGCACCAUCGAUUUACCAAAGAGGAAGGGGACUGGGGCUUUACUCGAUUCGUUGAAACCCGCAAGCUUCAUGCUCAUGUGUGGCCUGGAUCCAGUCCCCCAAGGCCGUUGGUUGAGAGCGGAGAAGCAAAUAUGACGGCAUAUGUAAAAAUAGUCGAGGACGAAACAGGCGUUUUAUGGCACAACUUCAACAACUAUGAUUCGAAGAAAGAAACUGGAUUUGUCGGGUUAAAAAAUCAAGGAGCAACAUGUUAUUUGAAUUCGCUCAUUCAGUCCCUAUAUUUUACUAAUGCCUUCCGGAAGGCAGUAUAUCAAAUUCCAACACAAGACGAGGACACCACCACAAACAGCGCAUAUACUUUACAACGCCUCUUUUAUCAGCUGCAGUCAUCUUCUGCAGCUGUGAGUACCAACGAACUCACCAAGUCUUUUGGCUGGGAUACGAAACAGAUUUUUGAACAGCAAGAUGUUCAAGAGCUUUCAAGGAAGCUGAUGGAGGUGAUGGAAAAGAGAAUGAAGGGGACUGAAGCUGAAAAUGUCCUCCCUAAAUUGUUCUGCGGAAAAGUGCGAACGUAUAUCUCUUGUAUUAAUGUCGACUACGAAUCUCGCCGAGUAGAAGAUUUUUGGGACGUCCAAUUAAAUGUUAGCGGCAACAAGGACAUUGAAGCGAGUUUCCGGGAUUACAUUCAAGUCGAGACAAUGGAUGGCGACAACCAAUACUUCGCAGGUGAAAACUACAAACUUCAAGAUGCGAAGAAAGGUGUCAUCUUUGAAUCAUUUCCCGAGGUUCUUCAUUUGCAGCUUAAGAGAUUCGAAUAUGAUAUUGAGAGAGAUUCUAUGAUGAAGGUCAAUGAUCGUUACGAAUUUCCAGAUACUUUUGAUGCCGCACCAUAUCUAUCAGAUGAUGCAGAUAGAUCCGAAUCCUGGAUUUAUAAGCUGCAUGGGGUCCUUGUACACAGCGGCGACCUCAACGCAGGACAUUAUUAUGCAUUCAUCAAGCCUGAAAAGGAUGGCUGGUUUUACAAAUAUGAUGAUGACAAAGUAACCAAAGCCACAAUGCGAGAAGUCUUGGAGGAUAAUUAUGGAGGAGAGAUGCCCCUUUUGAAUGGGCAAGUUUAUGAUGCAUCGCAAAAACCUAUCAUACGACAUAACAGCGCAUACAUGCUGGUCUACAUUCGCGAGGCAAGACUCGAUGAGGUAUUGCUCCCCGUAACGAACGCCGAUACGCCAGCUCAUCUCCAAAGAAAACUUGAAGAGGAGGCCGCUUUCAAAGAAGCACGACGGAAGGAACGUGAAGAACAGCACUUGUACCUUACUGUGAGGGUGAUUACUCAGGAGACUUACGCAGCUCAUGGCGGACAUGAUCUUACAGUGUUUGACCGAAGUCAUGAUGAAGAUCCUGCGGCUGCUAAAUCCUAUAAACUCCUCAAGAAGUGUACUAUUAGAGAGCUCAUCAAGGUGAUUGGUAAGGAUACUGGAACUGACCCGAGAAGAUUACGAGUCUGGUUCAUGGUCAAUCGUCAAAACAAAACAACAAGACCUGACACGCCUGUUCUGGACUAUGAUCAAACCAUUGAAGAAGCUCACCUGAAAUUAGCUGGUAGUAAGACACAGGAGCUGAGGCUUUGGGCCGAAACAGCCGAAGAAGUCGAUUCUAAUGGCGAUGCGGUGUGGCCAGCUCAUCCGUUGGUGAAGGAAGGGUCAUCUCCAAGUAGAUCUGAUGAAAUUGUCAUAUUUCUCAAAUGGUUCAAUGUCGAUACCCAGUCUCUAGUUGGAUGCGGUCACAUUUAUAUCAGUAGCCAGAGUAAAGUCGAAGAAUUGGCCCCAUUCAUCUUGAAACGUAUGAAUUGGCCAGAGGAUACUAGAUUGAAGCUCUACGAGGAGAUAAAACCAGACAUGAUCGAACCUAUGAAAGCGAAACAAUCACUGAAGGCAGCAGAACUCCAAGAUGGCGAUAUUGUUUGUUUCCAGAGAGCUACGGAAGGAAGUGGUGGAAGCGAUGGCUCGGAUACGACUACAAUGGUCUCCAAUGGCCUAAACCCACGCCAGCAGCCUCUCAAAUCAUCUGACAUCAUAGAUGAUGCGCGACUAUAUUACGACUUCCUCCGUCAUCGAAGGCUCAUUACAUUCCAUUGUCAUCCAACCAGAGGAAGCAAAGAAUUCAAUAUAGACAAUUGCGAAUCGUUCACUCUGGUAUUAAGUGCGAAACACACUUAUGAUCAGGUAGCUGCCAAGGUUGGAGAGAAGCUGAAUGUAGAACCGACUCAUAUCAGAUUUUGGACUAUUGCCUUGAAUACAGGCAAUCCUAAGACGGCGAUCAGGCGCACGUCGAAUCACACUCUGGUCAACAUGGUCAGCAGUAGUUACGCGUCAUUUGCUGGCACCACCAUUAGGUCAGAUGCUUUAUUUUUCGAGGUCCUUGAUAUCAGUCUCGCAGAAUUGGAUACCAAGAAACCCAUGAAGGUUAGCUGGAUCAGUGAAGGUGUCACAAAAGAAGAACCACUGGAUAUACUGGUGCCUAAAACUGGAACUGUGGAUGAUAUAGUGUCCUCGGUGAUCAAGAAAGCACGAUUAGAAGACGAAGAAAAGGGUAGACCUAUUCGAGUAUAUGAAACACACAGCAACAAAAUUCACAGAGAGCUUUCUCGUGGUCAUCUAAUCAAGGAUCUCACCGAUUACAUUUCAAUUAUACUAGAGCGAAUACCGGAAGAAGAGCUUGCACAACCGAAUGGUAGUCAGUACAUUCAUGCCUUCCACUUCCACGGUGAUCCAACCAAAGCGCACUCAAUUCCGUUCAAAUUUCUCAUCUUCCAAGAUGAAAUAUUUUCCGACACUAAGAAGCGACUGGAGAAGCGGACUGGUAUAAAAGGCAAAAACCUUGAGAAGAUCAAAUUUGCUAUUGUCAAGAGGAGCUCUUACACAAAACCUAUAUACUUGAAUGAUGACGAUACAUUAUGGGAUAUGCUUGGGGAUGAUGACGACCAACUCGGAUUAGAUCACAUUGAUAAGGUCACCAGAAAACUUCAUUCCUAG